GCUUGUGAGCCUAGCAGUGUUCAUGUGAUCGGAAAGCAAGGUCAUGGCUGCGAAGCAGCCUUUCUAGUCAUUAUAUUAUCUCAGACAUCUCCCUUCGUUUGCCGACCCCCAUAUAACACGAUUUGUUCCGUUGCUUGAGGUUCAAGUGUUUGAGUCGGCGGAGUUAGGCUUACUAUAUAUAGAUCAGGGACUGAAUUCUUUGAUCCCGGGUGGCUGCAGCGAGACCUUCCAUUCCCCCCAACUGCACCAUGCAAGCUCUUCACAUAAUGCGACGACUUUUGUUUAUCGCCCUUGCCAUCGUGCAGGUCUACUCGCAAUCUUGCGAAAACUACGGGACCGGCAACGGCACAAACACUUGUGGAGUUUGCCCUCCCGGCCUUGGAGGGGACGGUUGCAAUCUUCUGGCCUGCGGGGCAACAUCUUUCAAGGAUUUUCGCGCCCCCUUUCCCAAGUACCUUCUGGUUCGAAAUUUAGCAAUGUUUCGAGCUGUUCUUGCGAAACUGAAUGGUCGGGUUUGGGGUGUAAUGAUUUCAGUUUGUGCCUCUGCGAGUGCUUGCCAGAAUGGAUAUUCGUCUGUCUUUGGCAAUAGUACAAGUACAGAUCCAGGGCUAAAUGGGACUAUUGUUUGCAACACGGCAUCUCGAGUAUACACGGCUGGCGAAAUGAGUUGCCGAGUUCAGAACCCAACUCUUCAAAAUCUAUUCCCCCUUUCAUCUGUUCUUAACAUUCUCCGCACGUACAAUUCCUCUCAGGCUUUAGCUCCAAAUCUAACUUCAUACGGUCCUUCUGGCACACUAUAUGCCCAAUUUAUGUAUGACGGAGUGGAACAGUUUUAUUGCCGAGCAUCAGGUUGCACUCAGACAUCUGAUCAACUCUCCUCUAAAUGGUCAUGUCCAACACUCGAUUGCACCUGCCGUCCACAGACCCUCCUUUGCGACAAUAGUCUUGCCAACUUAUCGACGGUGAUUAACGGUUUACCGGGCCCACUCAGCAUCAAUUGCAACGGCAAUUCUUCGUGCAAUUUCCAGCAGACCCUUCUCACUAACUUAUUUGGCCCCAGUGGGCUCCCACUAUCAUCAUGUACCUUUGGCGAGUGUGUUCGUCAAGGCGUGAUCGACGCAGCUUCUGGAAGCCCAGGCCCGGCAACCAAGCCCGCCGAUGGGGGUGCUGGGCUCAGUGGUGGAGUUAUCGCCGGGAUUGCAGUUGUGGGUGCCUUGUUGUUCGCCGCUAUUGCCUUGUAUAUCGUAGGUUGGAUCAAUCAGCGUAGAGCACGCUUGCAGGGGUCUCCCGAUGGAGGAGCGGUAUUAGAAACAAGGCGGCCGGGGACUUCGCCUGGCGGAGUUGGCAUGCAGUGGCAAAACCUUUCAUUCAGCGUACCCUCGCGUUCUUCGUUUAUUUUGGGACGAGACUCCUUGGACCCCAAGUUCAUUCUCAACGGAGUGUCAGGGAAUGUCAAACCUGGCAGCAUGCUAGCUGUACUAGGUCCUUCAGGCGCAGGGAAGACCACUCUUGUGGACAUAUUGUCUAAACAGAACAAGAGGGGGGCGGCGUUUGGGACCGUGUCGUUCUUUGGGACAGAUUCGGCCUAUGAUGGGAGAACAUUUGAGCCGGCAGAUGUCCAACCGAGGAUUGCCUACGUAGAUCAGGCAGAUGUGCUCCCUGCAUCUCAAACAGUUUUCGAAGCCCUCCUUUUUGUGGCGCGGCUGCGUCUUCCCGAAUCCGUGACUGAUUCCGAAAAGAAGUCCAGAGCAAUGGAGGUUAUGCGGCAGCUCGGCUUGGAUUCGGUGGCGGAUUCGCGGAUUGGAGAUCGUUCCAGAAGGGGACUGUCAGGAGGUGAGAUGAGGAGAGUCAGUAUCGGGAUCGAGCUCAUAGGAAGACCUGACAUACUGAUUCUUGAUGAGCCCACAUCUGGUCUUGACUCAGCAUCUGCAUACAAAGUCGCUGCGCUUCUUCGUGACUUGUCUCGCGAUACAUCACACCCGAUGGCUGUCAUUGCGUCUAUACAUCAGCCAAGUUCACAUCUGUACCAAACAUUUGACUCAGUGCUCGUUCUUGGCUUGGGCGGGCGCCAGCUCUACUUUGGGCCCGGUGGCUCAUCACCUGUUGAUACGCUUGCCGAACAGGGCUAUGUUAAUUGUCCUACCGGAUACUCGAUUCCUGAUCACCUCCUGGACCUCGCGAGCGAUGUCGAGCAUCACUCCACGUCUGCCAUCGCGUCUAAACCAGAAGUGGCUGAAGUCGGAAAGGCGGAAUCGCAUGGCGCUACGGAGUUAGGGACAUCACCUAUGUCUUCAAUAAUGUUUGCAGGCAACGACCCCUGGUGGAAAAGUGGUAGCUAUCCAACGGCCUUUUUGACGCAGUUUGAGGUGCUUUGUGCCCGAGAGUGGAAGAACUUGCUCCGGGAUAAAUCCCUGUUCUUGUUGCAUAUUGCCGCAGCAUCUAUUCUUGGAGUGUUCUGCGGUGCGCUUUAUUUCCAGACCAAGACUACCAUCGCUGGAUUUCAGUCUCGAGUGGGAUGCCUUUUCUUUUUGGGGUCUCUCCUGGCCUUCUCAUCGCUCAGCGCCUUGUUCAAUCUGGUCGAGAUCGGUCCUCUGUUCAAGCGAGAGCGUGCAUCUAAGCUCUACAGUCCUACUGCAUGGUUAUUAUCGCGGAUCUUGUUUGACAUCGUACCGCUGCGCGUGGUUCCGACAAUUAUUGUGUCAACUAUCGUCUAUUGGAUGGCAGGGUUAUCCCCCCACGUUGAUCAAUUUUUCAAGUAUCUCCUUGUCUUGGUGUUAUUCUCACUAGCGAUGACACUUUUCAAUUUCUUACUGGCAGCUAUAUUCCGUAAUGGGGGAAUAGCGAUCCUGUUGUCUGCCAUUUGGAAUCUGUUUUUGAUGACUUAUGCAGGGUUCUUUGUUCACCUUAGUUCGAUACCGCCCGUGUUGAGAUGGCUUCAAUACUUCAGUCUGCUGAAGUAUUGCCUCGAAGCCCUCGCUGUCAACGAAUUCAAUUCUGGUUUGACGAUCACUGAUGUUUUGCAAGGUGUACCUGUCAGCGUGUCUGCCGUAGUCAUUAUGCAGCUGUUGUUUGGAUUCAAGAUUGACAGCUAUUAUCGAGACGUCUUGGUUCUCUUUGCCUUUCUGGCUGGAUUUUCGGGGCUGCUUUUUCUUGUUAUUAUAUUAUGGUUCCGGGAGAGGCGAUAAUUAGUCGUGGCUGGCCUCGACCGUCUGUAGACUCAGUCUUACAAUAUAAAAUUAAUCUUAAUUUUAAAUUUACA